AUCACUUAGUACGUACGCACAUGCUAGUGCGUAUGCAUGCACGUCCUCUCACAGCGUUCGCACAGAAUGUGCAUACGCACAAUUGCCCAUUUUCCCUUCUGUGCUUACGCCUAGGAGGUGAUGCGUAUGCACAAAUACGAGGUUCCAUCUCUUCUCGCGUCACUUCCUCUUCUCCUUCCCUGCUUCACCAUCACACCCAGCUCCGACGCAACAUCACCCCUCCUCUUUUUCACUGUCUCACCCUACCGAACCGCCGUUUCCUCUCUCCCUCACCACUGUCUCCAGUCUCCACCACCGACGAACCCCCUCUCCCUUUCCUUCUCUCCUUCCUCAAACACGCAACCUCUUUGUUUCCCUUCACCUCCGCCCAUCCCAGAACCCACAGCGCUAGCUCCUCCACGCCGUCGUCCACCAUCACCUUCGCGUCAACCACCUCCACCACGCCAGCAACCCUAAUCGCGGUCCUCACCUCCAGCCACCGCCGCCUGCUCAGAACCGCAAUCAUCACAGACCCUAUUGUCGCGUUUCCUCUUCUCCCUUACCAUCGCCUCCGUCAAAACCCAGAGCAGCGGUGGCUAGAUUCCCCUCUUUCUCCCCUCUCUCUGACUGGCGAACCUGGACCAUCGUCGCCUUCCGUUUCAACGCCGCCGCACAUACCCAUCGCACAGCCCCCCUUCUUUCUUCUUUCCCCUGACCACCAUUCCCCUCCCCCUGUUCUCUCGAUUGCCUUCGAACAGCAAGAACAGGGCGUCUCCCCUGUUUCUCAGCCUUGCAACGCAGCGCUACCGUUCUUUGCCGCUUCAGUCUCUGAGUAUCACCGCUGGUGCCGCCACUUUGGCUGGCCGCUUCCACCCUUCCUUCCCCUUCCCUUCCUCUGCUCUGAUUCUGCUUCCCAGCACCACCAUCGUUCUUGCAGCCAUUCUAUCACCCGAGACCCACCAGCAGACGGAAGAGCCAAUGAUAGCAACGAUUCUUUCCACUCCGCUUGAUCUGAGCACUGAGGACGGUGCUACAUCUCAAGUGUGGGGAGGUUGUUCAUCUUCAGCAAGCAUAUUUUGGGUGAAAAAUUCCAUUUCCGAACACUUUUAGUUUAGUUUUUUUUUGUGCUUUUUAGUUGUUUUGUAUAUAUUUUAUCUUUUUGAAAACCUUUUUGCUUAGUUUUUGCACUUUCUUAGUUUAUUGCACAUUUUAAUUUUGCUUGUACAUAACCUAGUAUUAUAUUAUAGUGAUGCAUAUCUUUACAUUUUGCUUUUGAUUUUA